UAAUAACAUUGUGGGAAGGCGUAAACAAUUUCGAAUUUUUUUGCGGGCAACUGGUGGCGUUUCUGGCUGGGUUACCUUCUUCAAACCUAUACAUAUAUAUAUAUAUUUUUUAUUUAUUUAUAGGUGUGUGUAUUUGUGUAUUUGUGUGUGUAUAUUUGUAUGUAUAGGCUAGGGUUUGAGAUUUGAAGUCUCUCUGCAAGGUUGGCGCCAUGAGAAAGAAGCUCGACACUCGCUUUCCAGCCGCUCGAAUUAAAAGGAUUAUGCAAGCCGACGAGGAAGUGGGAAAGAUUGCUAUGGCUGUACCCCUUUUAAUGUCUAAAGCUCUCGAAUUAUUUCUGCAAGAUCUAUGUGGCCAGACGUACGAGGUUACCCUUGAACGGGGAGCGAAAACUUUAAAUUCUUUGCAUCUGAAGCAAUGUGUACGGAGGUGCGGCGCGUUCGAUUUCUUGAAGCAUGUCGUUAGUAAGGUUCCUGAUUUGGGUGGUUCGGAUGCUGCUACAGAGGAUAAAUCCGCUACCAAAAGAAGGAAGAUCUCAGAAGAUGAAGAUGGCAACUGCGACGAGUCUAAAAGAAUUCGCAUCCAGGAGACACACAGCACCACCACUAAUAGGAGGGGCAGGGGUGGACGAACGGGUAGAGGCAGGGGAGUAGGAAGGGGCCGCGGUCGUGGUCGUGGUAGAGGCAGUAGAACACCGGAGGGCGAAUCGGUCAUUCAUCACGAGAAAUACGAAGAAGAUGUCGACAGCCCACACCGGAACGACGAGAAUCAGAAAGAAGCUGUUGCUGCGGGUGAUGCAGAUUCAAGAACCGUAAGUGGAAGCGAGGAAGAUAAACCGGUUCGAGAUUUUGACCUCAAUGUUGACCUGAACGAGAACGGGUGUCCCACAUUGACAUUAGCAGAUGCUCGUUCCGAACUUCCGAAGAAGAAGAAGAAGCCAGUAGCUACAGAAGUGAAGCAUGAAGAUAUUCCUGGUUGGUCCAUGGAUGACAUGAAAAGGAUGGGUAUUGAUCCCGUUCAAUUUGCUAAUUCAAAUGGAUGGAUGGAUGAGGAAGACGAAGAUUAUGACGAAGAAGAAGAAUAGUAUGUACAGUGCAAUCUUGCUCUUUGCUUUAUCAAUUUAUAUUAACACUGUGUAGGUAGUUAACUCGUACGGUUAUCUUAGAUUAGACGGCAGGUGAUUAGGGACUGUAGGGAUGACAAAUUAGGAUAGAAACAACGUAGCUGGAGCUGAAUUUGAAAGUCUCCGUGUCCAAACAUGUAGGAUUUCGGUUGAUGUACAAAUUUGUAUAGCCGACUAAAAACAGCAACUUUUGGAAUCUAGUUUACAAGGAAUGGAGUCGAGUUUUUGCAUAUCGUGCAUCUGUUUUUAGCUAGGAUUUUACCGUUGUAUCUCCUAUAUGUUACACCUAAUGAAGAAUUCGGGAAGUUUUCCAUCUUUGAUUUACACA